AACAUGUAACAAACGUCUUCUUUUCCGCAAGUUCACUUCAAAACCGGCCAAGGAGCUGCCGUUUAGCCAUCAUCAUGUCACUGAGGCCGUUGUCCCUGAGAUCGAUCAACGGACUCGGACGAGCCCGACGGGGGUUUUCCACCACAACCCCUGCGCGAGCCGACUUUACCCAUGUCGUCGUUGGCGGUGGCGCGGUAGGCCUCGCAACAGCGCGCGCCCUCGCCCAGCGCCCGGGGACGUCGACGGUCCUUCUCGAGCGCCACGGCGCCUUCGGCACGGAGACGUCGUCGCGCAACAGCGAGGUCAUCCACGCCGGCAUCUACUACGGCGCCGGCACGCUCAAGACGUCCCUCUGCAUCCGCGGCAAGGAGCUGCUGUACGCCUUCUGCCGCGAGCGCGGCGUCGGGCACGCCAACACGGGCAAAUGGAUCGUCGCGCAGACGGCUGCCCAGCGCGAGGCCCUCGAGCGUGUGCACGACUUCUGCAAGCACGAGAUCCACGUGCCCGUGCGCUGGGUCGGCGCCGAGGAGGCGCGGAGGCUGGAGCCGGAAGUCAGGGCCGCGGCGGGCGUGCUCGAGAGCCCGACGACAGGCAUCGUGGACUCGCAUGGCCUGAUGGUGGCGCUGACGGGCCUGUUCGAGGACGCGGGCGGCGUCGUGGCGCUGAGCUCCGCCGUGACGGCGGUGACGCCGCUCGGGGACAGGGGUAGCGCCGGGUGGGAGGUGCGCGUCCGCGACCCGGCUACGGGGGAGGAGAGCGCCGUCACGGCCGAGGUACUGGUCAACGCCGCGGGGCUGGGCGCCGUCGACGUGCACAACAUGAUCGUCCCCGCGCCGGAGCGGCGCUCCAUGUACUACGCCAAGGGCAACUACUUCUCGUGCGCGGGAUCGGCGCCCAAGGUCGGCAGGCUCAUCUACCCGGCGCCCGAGCCCGGCGCUGGCGGGCUGGGCACCCAUCUGACGCUGGAUCUUGCAGGCCGCGUGCGCUUCGGCCCGGACGUGGAAUGGGUCGAUUCGCCUGAUGACCUGGCUGUCAACGGCGCGAGGUUGCCGGCCGCCGUCGAGGCCAUCAAGAAGUACCUGCCGGACCUUGACGAGAGUUGUCUAGUGCCCGAUUACGCCGGUAUCCGGCCGAAACUGGAGAAGCUUGGGGCCGUCGCACAUGGGACGGGGUUCCACGACUUCAUCAUCAGGAAGGAGGACGGCUACGAGGGAUGGGUCAACCUGCUGGGUAUCGAGAGCCCUGGGCUGACGAGCUGUCUGGCAAUCGCGGAACGGGUCGAUGGGAUACUGUACGCUUGACAUGGGUUUGGGCAUUCUGCCCAACCUCGAGGUAACCGACCAAUCCCUGAGCAACUGCUCGGUGAUCCAUUCUGCAUUAUACACAAUCGGACUCCCCUGCCGUGAGAGACGCGCCAAAAGACCGUCAUCCGUCCAUAUAGAAGCGCCACUUAUUCGACGUUGCAGACUUUUUCUUCUCCCCCUUCGAAAAUGAGCGCGUAUAAUGUGUCGUUUCGUUAGAUAAAUUGACCAAACUCCACAAAACAUGCCAAACUCCGCGACGCCGUCCCCGGAAGCUGUUCCUUUACUUCGGCUAUAUAAUCACGGCCAUGGUCCGUCGCUGGUCCGC